UCUGAAUUUAUCUGGUCUGCGUGCCAAGACCACGCUUAGCCGUAAUGGGCGAGCUGCUGAACUAGACGCGCCGAAGGUACAACUUCAGAAAAACAAUCCAAGAACAGCGCAUGGAGCUGUAUCGACUGAGAACUACGACGUUCUGGGUUUGAUUUUUGAAUGAGCAGUAUCGUCUGUUUCUCCGGAUCUACUUGAACGUGCUCGUAGUAUUUGUUUUUGUUAUCUCCUCCAGCCAUGGCGCCAAUGACCAGACGGGGACGCCAGACAGCUCCCAAUGAGUUCUUGAACCCUCAAGCCAUCGUGCCGCAUGUCAGCCGCGAAGAGAGCUGGCAGCUUGAAGGGGAUGAUUCCCGGUCGGAAAGAGAGCUCUCUGAAAACCCUUCUGGCUCCUUCCAGGACUACGACGGCGAGUUUGAAUACGAUGCUAUAAAAUACCAGCCGACACGGGACUUCGACAGUGGAGAUAGCCAUGAAGAUAUCCUGCACCCUCUGCGCGAAGCCGCAAACAGGGUUGGCCGAGAGGUCGAGAAAUUCGCGGAGGUCCUGGAUGGCUACAACCCCCUGAAGGCUGUCGACGAUGCCGACAGGAAGGAUAUGACGUUUGAUCUCAUCGAUUCAUACCAUGAUAUUGCGAUUGAGGCUGUGAAGAGACUCCGUGCGCAGCACAACCGCCGACAAACAGGCCACACAGGGAGGAAAAAUAUACUGGGGUUCACGGCAGACCACGAUGAUGAUGCGAUGGAUGAAGAUGGAUCCGAUGACCAGGAAAUUAUCGAAUCGAACCCGAUGACUACACCUGAAGACCUCAAGCGGUGGGAGCAGGAGGCCCGUACGUGGGACCUGUUACGCCGAAUGACCACAUUGCAAUAUGGCCCGCCGCAAACUCAAGACGCGCCUCCAAUCCACCGCUACUCUUCCGAGCGUCAAAUCUGGACUUCAUUUUUACAGAAUGAUACGCUUGGGUUGGAGCGACACACCGUGCUGGAGUGGCUCAAGAACACUGCUGAUGAGUCUGGCGAGGAUAUCGAUGUGUUGGUCCAGGAACUUCAGCAGAAUGCUGAGAGAGGCGAUAUCACCGCACAUGGAUGGCUGCACACGAAAUCCGCAAUCAAAAAUCAGAAGCGACUCCACGCGUGGCAAUACAUCCUUGAUCCUACCAACCCAGACGUCAGCCGCGCCCUCCGCAAUGCGUCCAAGACAGAGGCUCUCGUCACGCAACUGGAUCCCGAUGCGCCAAUACGCCAGAACCUUAACCUAGAAGCGCCAGAUCAAUACUUUGAAAGGGCCAUCUGGCGCGGCUGUUACGAGCUCCUCCGCCGUGGAAAGAGCGGCGAGGAUAUCAGAGAAUGGUGUCAAGACCGUCAGGAAAUCUGGCGCGCUGUGAGCAUGGGCGGUUUCCCAGAUGACGACUCGCAAAACGAUACCGCAGACCAUGGCUCGAGGGCGCUGUGGCGCCGCAUGUGCCAUGCCUUGGCCAAGCGGGGAGGCUCCGAUAUUUAUGAGACUGCCGUGUACGGUAUUCUCGCCGGCGACUUCUGGAGUGUUGCGCCAGUCUGCAAAUCCUGGGACGACGAGAUGUUCGUCCACUACAACUCGCUGAUCCGAAGCCAGUACGAGGCGUUCGUUUUGAAGAAAUUCCCGAGCCGUGCGCCCCAAGACCAGGUCCAAUCAAUUGAGGCUUUUGAUGCGAUCAGCUUUCACGGCGACCCAGCCACCGUGGGGCGGAGAACUGUGGAUUUGUUGAAUGCAAAGCCUGGACUCAUAAAGGAGGCACAGCAGCCCCUGAAGAUGCUCCAGGGGGUUCUUAUCGCGAAUACAUUCCGCGAUUUCAUACGCGAACAGGGAAUUGCCAUCUCCAAAGCCGCAAAUGCCCAGGAUACCUCGAAAUUGAUCGACGAUCUCCAGACCGAUCCUAAGAAUGAGGACAGGGUUGUGUAUAUCAAGACGGAAGAUUUUGACAGUCUCCGAGUCUUGGCGCACAUGGUCCUUGCCUUCAAGAGCCUGGGCAUGACCUUCGUCAACGAGAAGGAUACCUACGCCAUCGAAAGCGUAGUCGUAGCCUACAUCUCCUUCCUCCGCCUCGCCGGCAAAGAAGAGCUCAUCCCCCUCUACGCCGCCCAGCUCUCCGACGCCAGGACCUACUCGACCCUCUCCCGCGAACUCCUCGAUGUCACCGACCCCGACCAGCGCAUCACCCAAAUCAAGCUAAUGAAAGAACUCGGCCUCGACGUCCAGCGCUUCGUACGCCUCCAAACCGCCUUCCUCCUCGUCGACUACCCCGACACCACCCCCGGCUACCCCGCCGCGCGCACAUUCUCCAUCCUCGUCCCAGGCCAACACUCCAACCAAGGCCUCAGCCAAAAGCUGCGCCCCAACUUCAUCGGCAACGCCGUCGCGCGCCCUGAAGCCCUCCUCAUCCGCGCCUUCGAAUGGCACCUCCUCGUCGAUGGGAUGUGGAGCGAAACCUUCCGCACUGGCACCGCGCUCUUCGUCCGCUUCUUCAAACACGGCCACAUCGCCGCCGCGCGCGAGCUGGCGGGGUGCAUGCCCUCUCGCGACAUUGCCGCGGCGAAAACCCCCGUCCUCCUCGGCGAAUCGCUCGAGCUGUCCCAGCUCAGCGACGGCGGCGAUAGUACGGACCUCGAGAGCCUCCUCCGCAAACACAUGGCUGACGAGGCGCGCGCGUACGUCGAGCUCGAGGGCUUGGUUAAUGCGCUCGACUUCAUCGAAGGCGUCGCGGGUAUCAUCGACUCACUGCAGUUGUCGCAGGUUAAACAAGAUGAGCGGUUGAGCAAGAAGCUUCGUCUCGAGUUUCAUACGAAUUUUGCCAAUAUUCGGCACAGCGUCGCGCCGUUGCUGGAUAAUUGGCUUGUGAAGAGUCGGGAAGCAAACCCCGCCCUCAUCCCACUCCACGCAACUUACCUCCCGCCUACCCUCCUCGCAUACGCCGCCCUCCUCAACAAUGCCGGCCUCUAUAUCUCGCGCGACCACUUCCUCGAGAGCAUGGAGCUCGCUAGCGUCAUCGCCACUAACACCGAACUCACCAACAUCUUUCUCGGCCCCGACGCUCCCACAUCAAAAGGAGGAGCGGGCACAGAAGAAGAAAAAGAAGGACUCGGCCGCAACGCGAUGGCGGAUCUGGUACAAGGUGUUGCCGGCGACGCAGUGGCGUUGUUGUUUAGCACCGGCCCGGAUAAGAGUCGGAUGCGUGGCGGGAGACGGGCGAGAGAGGGGGGAUGGAACGGAGACAUUUGGGGUGUUGGGAAGUAGGUUAUCGAUUUGCUGGUAGGAUAGGGGGUAGAUUUAAGAACGAUGCUUUCCACUUCUUCUCCCAGCCAGGUCUGGCAAGACGCAGUUGUAAAGGGGGGAAAGUGGAGGAGUUUUCUGUAUAUUUACUAUUUGAUGGUCAAAUCUCAUAGAACGGGUGGGAAUCAAUAAGAAGGCUUGUCCGAU